AUGUCUGCGGCUGAGGCCCGUGCCGCCCUGGAGCGCGACAUCUACCUGGAGGAGGCGGCCGACGAGGCGGAGAUGCUCUUCGGGGAGAACAGUCUCUACCAGAGCGGCGGUGGUGGGGGUGGUGGUAAUGGUGGCAUUGGCCUCUACGGACUGCAACCGCCCCAAGUGGACGGCGUCCACGGCGACGACCUGGGCCAACUCAGGCAAAUUCUAGCCAUCGGUCCCUCCUCCUCCUCUGGCGUGCACACCCAGAUCGACUACAUCAACUGCCUGGUGCCCGACCUGAAGGCCAUCUCCGCGUGCAGCUUCUACUGGGGCAAGAUGGACCGGUACGAGGCGGAGCGCCUGCUGGAGGGCAAGCCCGAGGGCACCUUCCUCCUGCGCGACUCCGCCCAGGAGGACCACCUCUUCAGCGUCAGCUUCCGCCGCUUCGACCGGUCGCUGCACGCCCGCAUCGAGCAGUGCAAGCACCGCUUCAGCUUUGACUCGCACGACCCGGGCGUCUACUCCUCUGCCACCGUCACCGGGCUGAUUGAGCACUACAAGGACCCCUCGCACUGCAUGUUCUUCGAGCCGAUGCUCACCAGGCCCCUCCACCGCCACUUUGUCUUCAGUCUGCAGCACCUGGCGAGGGCGUCCAUCUGCGACCGCCUCACCUCCUACCAGGCCGUCGCCGACCUGCCGCUGCCCGCCCUCCUCAAGGCCCACCUCCGCCAGUACCACUUUAGCAUCAAGGUGCGCACCAAGCACUUUGACGAGUUUACCAACUACCAGUAG